AUGAGCGGCAAGGUCACUGCUGUUGGUAUCGAUUUGGGCACCACGUACUCGUGCGUUGGUGUCUUUGACCAGGAGAAAUGUGAAAUCAUUGCCAACGACCAGGGUAACCGAACGACCCCUUCAUACGUCGCCUUCAACGACACCGAGCGUCUGAUCGGUGAUGCCGCCAAGAACCAGGUCACCAAGAACCCUGAGAACACAGUCUUUGACGCCAAGCGAUUGAUUGGCCGCAAGUUUUCCGACGCCGAUGUCCAGGCCGACAUAAAGCACUUCCCCUUCAAGGUCAUCGAUAAGGGUGGUAAGCCCGCUAUCGAGGUCACCUACAUGGGCGAGGUCAAGACCUUUACACCUGAGGAAAUCUCAUCCAUGAUUCUCAUGAAGAUGCGCGAGACUGCAGAGGCUUUCAUUGGCGAGACUGUCACCAAUGCCGUCAUCACCGUCCCUGCCUACUUCAACGACUCCCAGCGUCAAGCUACCAAGGAUGCUGGCCUUAUUGCCGGCCUGAACGUCCUGCGAAUCAUCAACGAGCCCACUGCCGCUGCUAUCGCCUAUGGCUUCGACAAGAUUCGUCCCGAAGACAAGGACAAGGAUGAUAUUCCCGAGCGCAACAUUCUCAUCUUUGAUCUCGGUGGUGGUACCUUUGAUGUUUCCCUCCUCGCCGUCGCUGGAGGUGUCUUUGAAGUCAAGUCCACCGCUGGUGACACCCACUUGGGUGGUGAGGACUUUGACAAUAGACUGGUGAACCACUUUGUCAACGAGUUUAAACGCAAGCACAAGAAAGAUCUCACAACCAACUCCCGUGCCCUUCGACGUCUUCGAAGUGCUUGCGAGCGUGCCAAGCGUGCCUUGUCUUCUGCAUCCCAGACCUCCAUUGAAAUCGACUCUCUGAUGGAGAACAUUGACUUUUACACCUCCAUCACCCGAGCUCGUUUCGAAGAGCUUUGCCAGGAUCUCUUCCGUUCUACUAUGCAGCCCCUCGACCGCGUCAUCUCCGAUGCCAAGAUCGACAAGAACCAGGUUGACGAGAUUGUCCUCGUUGGCGGCUCUACUCGUAUCCCCCGCAUCCAGAAGCUCAUCACCGAGUACUUCAAUGGCAAGCAGCCCAGCAAGUCCAUCAACCCCGAUGAGGCUGUUGCCUAUGGUGCCGCCGUCCAGGCUGCUAUCCUGUCUGGCUACAACUCUCAGACCACCAGCAGCAUUCUGCUGCUUGAUGUUGCCCCUCUCUCUCUCGGUAUCGAGACCGCUGGUGGCAUGAUGACCAAGCUCAUUCCCCGCAACACCACUAUUCCCACCAAGAAGUCCGAGGUCUUCUCUACCUUUUCCGACAAUCAGCCCGGUGUGCUCAUCCAGGUCUUUGAGGGUGAGCGUCAGCGCACCAAGGACAACAACCUGCUCGGCAAAUUCGAGCUCACCGGCAUCCCGCCCGCUCCUCGUGGCGUUCCCCAGAUUGAGGUCACCUUUGAUCUUGACGCCAAUGGUAUCAUGAACGUCUCGGCUGUCGAGAAGGGCACCGGCAAGUCCAACAAGAUUGUCAUCACCAACGACAAGGGCCGUCUGUCCAAGGAAGAGAUUGAGCGCAUGCUGGCCGAUGCCGAGAAGUACAAGGAGGCCGAUGAGGCCGAGGCUCGCCGUGUCGGCGCCCGAAAUGCGCUUGACCACUACGCUUCCAACCUGCGCACCACCCUCCAGGAGCCCGGCGUCGACGAGAAACUUGAUGCCAGCGACAAGGAGAAGCUCGCCGCCGCUGCCGACAUUAGCUCCUGGCUCGACCAGAACGAGCAGGCCAGCGCUGAGGAGUACGAGGCCAAGCAGAAGGAGAUUGAGGCCAUUGCCAACCCCAUCAUGAUGAAGUUUUACGGAGCUGGUGGUCAGGCUGGUGGUAUGCCCGGUGGUCCUGGCGGCUUCCCUGGCGCCGGUGGCCAUGGUGGUGCUGGUGGCGAUGACGGCCCGACCGUCGAGGAGGUCGACUAA